AUGGUAUGGUUCUCCCAAUGUGUUCCUUGCCAUUCAUUUCAUAUGUGGUUAGUGUUCCAGAAUAAACUUAAGACUCAGGAUAGGUUGGCGGUUUGGGAAGCUGGAAGUGCUACAAAUCUUAACCUUAUGUGUUGCCCUUUGUGCAAACAUGAUCGAGAUAGCCGAGAUCAUUUGUUUUUUCAGUGUGGGUUUGCAAAUCAAGUUUGGACUAACGUGAAGAGCAUGGUGAAUUUAGAGAGUGUAGAUAACACAUGGCAGUCUUUAAUGCAAUGGGUUGAUCAACACUCUAAUUCUAAGAAAAUUGAUGACAUUGUGUGCAAAUUGGUGGUGGCUGCGACUUCUUAUUAUGUCUGGCAAGAGCGAAAUAGUCGGCUGUUUAGUUCUAAUCAAUUGACAGAGUUACAAGUGGCUGACAAGAUCAAAAAUUCGGUUCGGCUUCGGCUCAUGGGUUUCAAGUUCCGAGUGGAUUCUGCUAGGCGGAGGAUAUUCAGAAUCUGGAAGAUAGACGAUAGCAAGGAUGAUGUAGCGGAUCCGGGCUAG